AUGACUACAUCAAUCACAUCGUCCGACAGCCAAUGUGUUAGUCCUUCCAGCAGCAACUUCACCUCCUCUACAUACGCAGAUGUAAAUCACGGUCCCUAUUUCUACAAUUUAAGCGACCUGGUAUCACCUUCUCCGCCGGGCGAGGAUAUUCUCGCCGGUGUUGUCUCCGGGUUUUAUGGUCCUGGUGCAGUGGGCGGUUGGCUCUUGAGCUGCGCGUCAUUCCUGCUUUCUCUCCUGUAUCCUGAUAAGGCUACACAUGACGCGCUGAACAAUGAUUUUCUUGUUUCGAUCCUCUACCCUGCUAUUGCAUCGGGCGACUUGAUAGUCCAGUCUACAACGGCUACCACCAUACAACUUGACAUAUCCUUGUGGAACUUUUAUGCUGAAUGGCGCAAAGCAGGGCACAGUGGUACCCCCGGUCCCUUUAAUGAGUGGGUUCAGCAACCUGGUCGUCACCGAGUGUUUGGUGUGCCUCAUGCGGUACCAGGGGGCGAGAUCCCCUUGGGAUUCUGGGCCCUGAAGUAUACGACGUUCGCGUCUCUGGCUAUUAUCCGCAUCUCACUUGUUGUCUUCUCGACUUUCUUCAUUUUAUCAGCGUUACUCUCCCCUAACCCUCAAAACACCCGUCGGCGAACAAUUAUCACCCUUUGCGUUAUGGGGUUUUCGAUAAUUUCGCCUCUUGUAUGCCUUACAAGCAGCUGGCGGACCUACGUGGAUUUUCUUGACUUGGCGCAGACCCAUGAUGGACGACAGCCGAAGGAGUCAAAAAGCGUCCUUAUAUGGUUCAAGUACAGACUAGGCACCCGCGGGAUCAUCUUCUCAGACUUCGGCAUCGUUAUUGUCUUAGUGCUUGUCACUAUCUUUCUCAGCCGAUGGAAGCGACCAAUGUGGUUCAUGAGUUCCUUUAUUCUUCUGGUUAGUGUUUGCCUAGCUAACAUACUAUUUGGCUUCCGUGGCAGUCGGAUUGGCCAAGAGUCGCUAACACUGAGCUGGGACCCUUCUCUGGGCUAUAACUGGCCCAGCUUUAUUAUGGCCAAUCCACUUUUUCCACAUACGGCAACUCGCCUUGGGGAUUUGGAUCAAGCAGUUGCCUUGGCCGCUGGCGGUGCAUCGGUACUAUUCUCGCUACGUGACUUAAUGCUUGCAAGAGGCUACUACCCAACUCUGUCCCGGGCUGUCAUAUUCGACAAAGCCAAGCGAAACAUACAACGGUUCAAUCAAGGCGGAGUUAAUUGUCUUGGAAAGGCCCAGACACGGCUUAAAAGGCUGUUUACAAGGUCCUAG